AUGGAGGGCGCCAGUCAACUAAGAGAUAGAUAUCUGACAUGUAGCAUUUGUUAUGAAGUCUUCACUGAGCCUAAAACUCUACCAUGCUUACAUUCGUUCUGCGAGAAAUGCCUGAGUGAUUACAUCUUUAGCUUCGACCAAUCAUUAAUGGAGGACGCCCGUCAACUACGAGAUAAAUAUCUGACAUGUAGCAUCUGUUAUGAUGUCUUCACCGAGCCCAAAACUCUACCAUGCUUACAUUCGUUCUGCGAGAAAUGCCUGGAUACUUAUCGACAAUGGUUCAAUGAGUAA